CGGGGCGCCAAAAAAAAAAAAAGAAAACAGAAAAAAGAAAAAAUAAUAAUAAUAAAAAAAAGUCGACGAUUGAAAGCUUCAUCGUCUCUAAAUCAAAUCCCAACAAAUUUGCGAUAAUUUGGUUUCGGAGUGAUCGCAUCAAUCGAAGAACAUGACGAGCUUCCGAUUCUUGUUCAGCAAUGGCGUCGUACUGCAAGGCUCCGAAGCUCCUCCGGUCGCCACCUUCCUCGAAACUCAUCCUGGCGCUUAUACAACUACUCGGUCACAUAACAAUGCGUCGAGCAUUCUGUUUUGGGAUAGGCACAUGAAAAGACUGACUCAAUCGGUGAAGAUUCUUUCGAAUGCAAGUCCACUACUCUUGUCUGAAUCUAACAGAACGAUCAAUAAACAGGUAAAACCGUCGUGGGUAGAUUCUAUUCCUUGGGAGCCAGCUAUUCGGACGCUUGUUGAUGAUUCAAUGAGAAAAGUGUUGCCAACAGCAUUGAAUGAGAGAAUUGAGGGAGAAGAAUUGACAAUUACAGUGCUUUUAAGUGUGAAUUUGGAAUAUUUGGGUGAAAGUGACGGUGUUGUGGAUGUAGAAAGGGUUGAAGAAGCUCUUGAUGUGCACGUGUAUGUUGGUAGUUAUGUUCCUCAUGAAUUUGGUGUCCCGGAAAAUGGUGCAAAUCUGGCCGUGGUGGGUCGAGGGAGGGAUAUUGCUGCCGCGAAGUACUCAGAUUGGGUUAGGUGUAGGAAGUCUCUGGAAAAAUUGAGGCCUCCUUCUGUGACUGAGCUUUUGUUGUCAAAUAAUGGUGAUCAGAUACUUGAAGGCUGCGUGACAAACUUUUUUGUUGUUUGCCGCAAGGAUAAUAAUGAAGCUAAAGAAACAAGCGUGCCUGAUUCCAAAAGUACAUAUUCCUUUGAACUGCAGACAGCUCCCAUUAGUGAUGGCGUUCUGACUGGAGUUAUUCGCCAAUUAGUCAUCGAAGCUUGUUCGAGCAAUGGCAUUUCAUUUCGAGAAGUUGCACCUACUUGGUCAAGUAAUGAAAUAUGGGAAGAAGCAUUUGUUACAAGUAGCUUGAGAAUCUUGGAGCAUGUGAAUACUAUUUGCAUCCCUAGCAUAUGGAACUUGCUCAACUCGAAAACAUGGAGUGAAAUAUCAUGGAACAAGAAGUCGUUUAAGGAUGCUCCUGGUUUGAUCUCAAGCAUAGUCCAGAAGGAUAUAAUGGAGAAAGCUGUUGCAGAAGCAUUCCCCAUUGGUUAUUUCAUAUAAAAGGUGCUAUAAACAACUCUUGUAGAUUAGAAUAUGGUGAAUUAUUUGCAUUUGAGGAUAGAUGUGUGUUUGUAAAUUGCAAAUAAAAUUGACAACAAAUUCAGGGGAGGGGGGGUAUGCUAAGGCUGGAAUUAGGAUUUAGGAAAAACAAAUGGACAUAAUGGUAAUGCCUACGAAGCAUAGAUAUACAUGGACAUGAUGACAUGUCUUUUAAAAAUCUAGGAUACAACAGGACACAUUUAUUAAAAUAUACAAUUUAAAAUAUAUAUCAUUUUUAUAAAAAAAAAAAAAAAAAA